AUGGCACCUUCCGCCCCAGAAGUCGUGGCCGCCGGCUCGCCGCACCCUGCCCCGCCGAAUGCUUCUCCUGCCGUCUUGGCCAGAAUCAUCUACGGAAUCCUCGGUGUCCUCUUCCCGGACCUCGCCUUCCUGACCAAACAAGCCGCCAUCCGCAGCAACGGCAGUGCCACGGCGACCGAAGCCUCCAGGGCCAGUCAAGAGCUGCUCGACUACAUGGGCUCCCUCGUCGACCAGCGCUCCGCCGAGCUGAAAGAGGAUCUCAUCAACCACCUCAUCACCACGCAGCCGCGCCGCCACAGCAACCUCAGCAAAGCCAACGUUGUGCAGAUGGUCUUCUUGAUGCUCGUCGCGUGCAACGCCACCAUGGUCAACAUGAUCAACUUGGUAGCCAUUCCCCUACAUCAUCCGUGGACGCCGCCGAUGAGGGAUGUUGGCGUGGUGGAGUUGCCCGUGCAUAUGAAGUGA